AUGGGGCGUGGCGGCAGCGGUCGCGGGGCGGGCAGCGCCUGGACGGGGAGUGGCGGCGACAAAGCAGGCCAUCGAGGCCACCUGGUCAGCCUCCACGCCGCAGCUGCCGCAGCCUACAACAAGCUCAGCAAGGACGACCCGCUCAGGACCCACUACGAGGCGCUCUGGCCAGACCUGGCCGCGGCCAAGCCGCCCGCAGCAGAACCUGUCGGACUCAAGGCAGUGGAAGCCGCCGCCAGAAGGCUGGACAAGCUCCAGAAGAAGGCCCAGGUCGGGGAGCCCGAAACGCCAGCAGCUGAACCACCUGGAGCAGAGAAGACGGCACUGGCAUCCCUCCUGGAGCAGUUCGAGAAAGAACCAGACGAUUUCCACAAGUGGGCUGAACCUGACAAAGAAGCAUGGCGAGCAGCAAAGGCAAAAGGCGAGGCAAUGGCGCAGAAGGUCAAGGAGCACGAGGCGGAGACGGCAAAUCACCUGUGGUACCUGGAGGAGGAGACCGCCAAGCACCAGGAGCAGCUGCGCCAGCUCGAGCAGGCACGCACAAAGCGCCAGACGGAAGCACAGGCGGGCAAGAAGAAGGCUCGCCGCCAGUUCAACGUGGACUUCUUCAACAUCACGACCUGGGGCCCGCAGGCACGGGACUACUUCAAGGAGAUCAGCAGCACCAAGGACAGGGACAUCAUUGGCAUUGCGGAGCAUCACCUUCGCCAGCCAGUGCAGAUCAGUAGGGCGCGAGCAGCGCUGCGACGGCACGGCCUGCGCAGCUACUGGACUCGAGCACGGCCAGGAGAAGGUGAAGGCACACGAGGGGGAACAUGUGCCAUCGCCAGAGGCCCGCUCGACUUGCAGGAUCGGCUCGCAAGGUUCGAGGACAACUACCUCAACGAGGAGGGCAGUGACAUCACGGUCGUAAUCGCCCACCUCCGCCAGGUGCUCUUCGCGGUCGCCUUCUUCUAUCUGGAGUGCGGCAAGAGCCUCAGCGACAGAAAUGUGGACACCCUCUGCGACCUGAGGGAGAAGAUGGCAGUCUGGGGAGGCCCCUGGGCAGCGAUGGGAGACUUCAACAUCGCGCCGUCGGAGUUCAACGACAGCAUUUGGCCCAGGGUGCUGAAUGCGCAGGUGGUGGCCGCAGAAAGAGGAGCUCCCACGUGCUUUCCAGCAGAAGGCACGGCGCGCUGCCUAGACUACGCGCUGGUUGCGCAGGGCCUUGCCCCCUACUUCGAUGGCGUUAAGUUGAUAAGGAAGGCACCGUGGUGGCCCUACAUCGGAGUUCGCCUCGAGCUGAAAGGCUGCGAGGAGGCCGAGAACGACAUGGAGGUCGUGCCCCAGCUGUACUACGACAAGGAGGUCCAGCACGUGGUCUCAGAUGAGCUCUGGAACUCUGCAGCUGAGCAGGCCAGAGCGAAGGCGCGAGAAGUGCCCCCGCCGCACCUGCAAGGCACCGUCAUCAGCAGGCUCAUGGAGCAGGACAUGCUGGAGUUGGGGCAGCAGUGCGACCUUUUCGCGGGAACCCUCGAGCCCAGCCUGCGCGAGAGCAUCGGCACCCCGCAAGACGAGCGGGGCGCGCGCAUGGGCCAUGGCCGCCCCCCGACAUUCAAGAGCGCCAGCAUCAAGGACACGGCCCCAGCCAUCCCAUGGGCAGGAGUGGAGCGCAAGAUCCACGCAUGGUGGUCGGAGGUUGCCUCGCUCAUUCGCCAACUUCCUCAUCGCGACGCGCGUGCGUUGGGUGCCGCGGAGAAGGGCCAGGGGCAGAACCAACAGCACCAGGCAGCGCGAACAGGCGAUGGAGGAGGCACCAUGGGCCAGCCCCACAGCAGACCAGAUAGCAGCACAGACGGGAUGCAGAGGGGCGCCCGCCCCCCGCCAGCAGCACGGAGCACCGUAGACAUGGAUGGCUACGACCCCUUCCAGGACGAGGAGGGCAGCGAGGAUUGCUUCCAGCAGCCCGCAGAUAAGCAGGGCGGCGAGGAUAACCACCAGCGGAUCCCAGAUGACCAGGACUGCAUCGGGCACACCUGCAGUGGGUGGGCUGCAAUCUGGAUGGAUGGCCUGAGCCAGGCACCAGCGGGCAACACCAACUGGAUGGAGUGGGGCCCGCCCUUCCUGGAGGCGGUGUUCUCCAACGGUGGCAACCGUGGCCUGGGGCGGCUCCUCAGGAGUUGGCAGCCCCGCGCCAGCUUCGGCGACAUCCUCAGGGACCUCUGCGAGCGAGCGUGGCGGCAUGCAGCCCCGCGACGACAAGAGCAGACCGCCAGCCAGCAGCUGAACCAGAAGGAGCAGCACGACGACCACAUGAAGCGGCUCCAAGAGCAGGCAGUGGACCGGGCAGUCGACAAUUGCAGCAGGCACAACGAAGAAGGCGAGGUCAAGGAACAGCAGCAGAUCCUCCUGGCGACGCUGGGCAUGAUCGCAGGGGGAGCCCUGGUGGACCCUGCCACCAGCCACCAGGUCGCUGAAAAAGUCAGGAGCGCAGCCAAACACCUCACCAAGGCAGUGAAGAAAGCGUACAUCCACUGGGUGCACGACGUCACGGCAGGCAGCGCCAAGUUGGCCCAGGCUUGCACCAAGGCAGCGGGGCGCAGCCACAUCGAGGACAUCCUGGAGCAUGAGGGUCAGGUGGUCCCGCACCCGCAGCAGCUGGUGGACCUGCGCAAGGGCGCGCGGCAGCGGCGGUGGACACGAGAUGCGCACAAGCCAGACCAAAUCCAGGAGGCGCUGGGCAAGCUGAGGACGGCAGCGCUAGCCCAAGACAAAGCAAUCGAGCCCCUCAGCAAUAACAUCGUCGGCUCCAUCAUCCAGCACCUUCAGCGCAACGCGGGCCAGGGAGCUGAUUGGUGGAGGGCGCCAGAACUGAAGGCCGCGGGCGCCCAGGGGCCCACGGAGUUCGUGCAGUGCCUCAACAACUGCGAGGAGCGUGCGGCGUGGCCAUGGCAGUUCUACUUGGUGCUGGAGGUGCUGAUGGGCUUCUGGGACACGGCAGUGGCAGGCUCCUCAGCGCUCAGCGUGGCGAUGCACAGGCUGAUGAGGGCAGAGGCGGCAGUGCAAAUGGGCUUCCACGCAGCAGGCAUCUUCUACGACGCGGUCAACUUCUAUGAUAACAUCGACCUCGACCAGCUGAUCGAGGAGGCCAGCGACCUCAACUACCCCCUGCUGCCCUUGGCCAUGGCAGUACAGAUGUACCUGGCGCCGAGGGCCAUCAUGGCCCACAGCCUCUUCUCCGACAUCUUCGAGCCCGCCAGCAGCAUGGUAGCUGGUUGUGGCCAGGCCGUGGACCUCACGAGGCCGCUCCCCUACUGCAUCAUGGAUGCAGCGCGCAGGCACUACAUCUACGUGGUGAUCCAGCAGUACCUGCACGACCUGGCCCUGCUCUCCAUCCCGAUAUCCAUCAAGACGGCAGUCGUGGCCUCCGACAAGGACCUCCAGCAGGAGAUCGCCAGCAUCUUGGAUGACCUGGGCACCCCGAACAAGCAGCCAGGAGUUGUCCGAGACUUGGGCGUGGACACGGGGCUGGGCAAGCAGCUGAAGCGGCCUGCCCAUGCAGCCAGACAGGCGAAAGCAAAGCAGCGCGUCGAAAAGCUCAAGGAGCUCGCCAAGACGGACGCCAGGGGUGUGGCCAAGGUAUACGCAGCGGGGGCCUAUGGCCAACAAGCCUGGGACCUGCCAGCGCACGGCAUCACCCCCGCGGAGGCGACCAAGGUCAGGGCCACAGGGGCAGCGCUGCUCACAAGAGGGCACAAAGCAGGCCGAUGCACAUCUACCAUCCUCCUGAUCCAGAGGGGCGCGCAGGGGGCGGUCACCAGGGCCAUCGUGGAACAAGUCAAGCAGCUCUGGCUCACCAUCGUAGACCACCCGACGGAGCUUAAGCGGUACCAUAGAGGCUGGCACAUGCUGUACGACAAAUUGCAGGCCCUGGAGCCCAACAGGAGGUGGAACCAGGUCAAGGGCCCCAUGGCAGGCGUGAUAGUGCAGCUGCUAGGGCUGGGCUGGAACCCUAGGCGGCUGGAUAGCUGGGCCAGCCCAGCAGGAGAUGAGUGGGCGCACCGACCAGAAGACAUCCCACACUCCGGAGCGCUCCUCCAGGAGGUCCAGCUGAGCGUUCAGCAACAGCUCUGGCAGCAAGCGGCGGAGCAUCGGCGCGGUGCAGGGCAACACGCCGAGGCGGCCAUGCUGGAGACCAUCGCAGUGGCAGGUAUUCGGACGCGGGAGCGGCGCAGAGCAGCGAACCUCAACCAGGAAGGGGGAGACAUCUGCGCAAGGUGCGGAGAGGCGGCCGCGGCGGAAAAGCACCGCUACUACACCUGCCCCGCAAACGAGGAGAUUGGCCACAGCAACAACACAGACCGAGCCAAGAAGGCCAUAGACGCGCUCGACCAGCAGCAGGACGAGCACUUCUGGCUCAGAGGGAUCCCGCCAGCUGCAUGGGGAGUACAGGUUGAUCCAGUCGAGGACGUCGAGAAGGCGGCCCACAUCUUCUGCGCCGACGCUGAGGGGGGGGCAGGUGCGACAGCCAAGGGCCCCAGGCUACGGAGAUGUGGCUGGGCGGUGAUGGCUUUCAGGUACGACCAGGACGGCCUGCCGCAGGAGGUGGCAGCUUGGUACGGCACGAUCAGGGCGCCGCACACGGUGCCAAGGGCGGAGCUCACGGCCAUGAGCAAGGCCAUCGGCUACACGACGGGCGCCAAUUUCGACCCCUGGCUCAUGGCCAAGCGGCAGCUCCAGAACAGCACCGACCACAUCAUGGGCCACCACAUCCCCAGUCACAUGAUCGAGCACCCGACGGAGCUGGAAAGGUGGACAGGACCGACGCGGUGGGCCAUAGGCAACGAUAUGGCGGACAGGUGCGCAAGCUGGGGAGCUGAGCAUGGAGCGUUGGACCCAGCCAUAAUCGCACAGCAGCAGAACAGGGACCAGAUCACGGUGGCGGCCCAGAACAGGCUGCUGGGCAUCAGCAUGGCGGUGACGGUUGAGGAUCCUAACAAGGGAAGAGAAAGCAGCCACUUGGACCAGCACGAGAACGUGAGGCUCGAAUUCAAGGUUGUGCAGAUCGGCACGGAGGUCGUCCAUGACACCCACAAGAGGCAGUUCACGCAGGGUUGGCUCUUGUGCGAGAAGUGGGGGGCCACCAGCUACCUUGGGAACCACAAGAGCCGAAUUGUUGCAGCUGUCGCGCGCAAGCUGGCCAAGCCAUGUGCCCCGCCCACUACAGCAGGCCGCAGGGUCAUCGCGGACUUGCAGAAGGGGAGGCUGCCGCGAAAAGCAAAGCAGGAAGAGGGCCAAGCCGCAGCCGCGCCACUGGUGGAGGUCACGGCAGCGGGCUUCAACCCAGGGGCGAGCAGCACAGAGGUGAUCGACCUGGACGGAGAAAGCUCGGAAGCAGAGACACCGCAGCCAGCUCAGCUACAACCUCCAAGGCAUCCCCACUCAGUAGCCCAGGCCAGCUGGCGGCUAGUGGACCACAUGGAGGGCUACUCGGAGCAGUGGAUGAACAUGGUGGGCCAGGGGGUGUGGGAGGACAAGGACGACUGGAUGGAGCACAGUGUCCCGUACUUGCUCGCCGUCACCAACGCUGGAGGAAGGACGGGCGUCCAUGACGCCACGUCAAGGGAGAUCCAGCAGAUCAUCGUCCUCUGCGAGGACAUCUGGAGGAACACCCACAGGACGCGAAGAAGGCUCAUGACACACAUGCUCGCCCUCCCGCACGGCUCCAGACAGCAGGACUACAGAGCGUGGACCCCUGAGUACCUGGACGACAGCUCCACGCAACCAGACAGUGAGGUGCCAGAGCUGGAAGGUAAUGGCAGUGACCACGGCAUGGACACCAUUGAGACUCCAGACCAGCUCAACGGUGCCACAUCCUGCGUCCAGGCCAGUGCAACCGUUCAGGGGAUGCCGUGGAUCGCCAAGCCGACAGGGCCCGACCUGAUGAAGUACGUGCGGGAGGCCACGGACGCAGGCAUGCAGAACCCGCGACCCCGCCAGCAACGAGGAGACGAAGACCAAGACCCUGCGCAAGAGCUGGCCUGGCUUGAGAGAAACCGCCUGGAUUAG